UUAGCGGAGAGAAAGCAUCGUCAUGUUACAGAACUGGGACUCACAAUGAUGUUUCAGAGUAAAACACCUCAAAGAUAUUGGGUCGAAGCUUUCUACACAGCUAACUUCUUGAGUAAUCUUUUGCCGUCCUCAGCUUUACAAGACAAGAGAAGCCCCUUCGAAAUACUAAACGGCAAAGCACCAGACUACUCUUCUCUCAGAUCGUUUGGCUGUUCAUGUGUUUAGAGUUAAUUCUAGUCGUUUUAUUGCUUUGCAGACGUUUCUUAUCUGGCAAAUUCUAUUCUCCAUGGUUUUUCUCGGGAGGAGAUAUAGAAUAAACCAAGUAUUCGGAUGUGUUCUUGUAGCGUUUGGUGUAAUCGUCAGUGUGGCAAGUGGAUCGGAGGCCGCUAAUUCAUUUAAAGAUGCUGGAAUAUUUUGGAGUGUUCUUAUGGUAUUAUCUUUUAUGCUUCAAGGAGCAGAUACAGUAAUGAAGGAAAUCAUCUUUAUAGAUAGCAAAAAGCGGUUGAAGGGUGCUUCACUUGAUCUCUUUGUUGUAAACUCAUAUGGUUCAAUUUUCCAAGUCAUAUGCAUUGCGUUGCUUCUUCCUUUUCUUUCAAAACUUUGGGGCAUACCGUUUAACCAACUACCAAGCUAUCUCAGAGACGGAGGUGCUUGCUUUCUGAACAUUGGUGCUAAAACAACAGGAUGCGAAGGGGCUCCUCUUCUACCUAUAAUGUUUGUAAUGAUGAACAUGGCUUACAACAUCUCUCUUCUACGCCUCAUCAAGAUCUCAUCUGCUGUUGUGUCGUCUCUGAAAGUGUAAAGAAAUAAGAUUCUGAAACUGAGAUUUCUAUUUCUUGCUUCUUUUUCCCUCUCUCUCUUUACAAUAGAUUGAGAUUGCUUAAAUAGAAACCAAUGGAAGCCCUAGUUCCUAUUACACAUGUUAUCAUCCUUCUUCUCCAAGAGAUCCUAAGGCCGAGAAUGAGUUGUACAAUCCAGGACCACUUGGUGAUGUCAUGACCUGCUUUCCCUUUCUUUUCUCUUCUCUUGCUCUGUCUUUGUCGCAGAGAGCCGUUGAAAAGGUUUGAUGAUUUGCUGGAAUGGGCUUCAGUUGUUGGGCUUGAGACGGUUGGGCUUGAGAUGACUUGCCAAUAUCCCCUCUCAAACUAUGCGUGGGAGGAACGUCAACGCCUAGUUUGAAACGGAGACUGUAGAAUGAAGCAGUCGGAAGCGACUUGGUAAAGAUAUCGGCCAGUUGAAGCUGUGCUGGUAUGUGCUUGACGACCAGAGACCCCAAGGCUACCCUUUCACGAACGUAGUGAUAAUCUGUCUCAAAAUGCUUUGUUCUUUUGUGGAAUGCUGGAUUUGCUGUUAAGUAGAUAGAGGAGAGAUUGUCUCCAAACAGCUCAGGUGUAACUGGAAGAGAUAUGCAGAGUUC